AUGUUACAUCAUAAAUCAAUUUUGCGUCUUUUUUAUUUUCAUGUCUUAAUAUUAGGAAUUUACAUUAUUGGAGUUAAGUCUUUAAAUCCCGCUGGACGAUUAGCUCAUUCAUCAGUUCUUGUAGGAUCUAAACUUUACAUUUUCGGUGGUUAUGCCAUCUUUUUUACCUCAGAUGAAGCACUUUAUAUUGAUUUGACAGAACCAUUUGAUGCAACCGCUCCACCAUGGGGUGUUUCAUCACCUAUUCCAGUGAGAAACUCAUGGACAACUACUACCCUAGCUAAUGACAGUAUUUAUCUAUUUGGUGGAAUUAUGCGAGACGUAGAAGAUAGUGAAAUUACAUUAUCAUCUUUUACAUAUAGAUUUAAUACAAAUUCGGAACAAUGGGAUGUUCCUGUGAUUAAAGGAAUUGAACCAGCAAAACGAAGGAACAUGAAAGCUGUUGUUGAUGAUACUGGAAAGAUUUAUCUUUUUGGCGGGUUCACCGAUCAAUUAACUGGUUCAGAUACCGCUCGCAUUCUUUAUGAUCUUAUAACAUUUAAUACAAAUGAAUUAACCUUUGAAUCGGUGAAGGCUCCUAUACGACGAGAUCAUUAUACUGCGACAAUAUUACCGGAUGGUAAGAUCGUUUUUAUUGGAGGUCGAGAAAAAAAUGCUGAAGGUAUACUUGAAGCAGACAUUAAUCGAAUUAUCCUUUAUGAUACAAAGGAAGCGACUUGGUCAGCGAUGCAUGCAAAAAGCACAGAUCGAAUCGAUUCUCGUUAUUUACACUCUGCUGUAUUUGUUCAAACGCUUGAUGCAUCCAUUUUAACACUAUUUUUCAUUAUUACGAGUGGAAUAAUAGUCGCUGCAUUCGUUGGCUCUAGAUUGAGCAAAAAAGAAAGUAAGAUAAAAGAGCAAUGA